AUGGAUUAUGAUAUGCAGGGUGCUCAAAACUAUGGCCCAGGACCACAAGGCUCCGGAUUUGGUGGCAAUGGUGGUGGUAAUGGACAAGAGUACGUGGUUUUCGAUAGGUCCACUGAGGGGUUUUCUAAAGGCACUUUGGAUAGAUCUACUGCAGCAAAAUUGAAAUUAGAACACUUUUAUAAAGUUACUUUGGAUCAGGCAAGAGAACGAAACGACCGACGUAAUGAACUUGAAAAAAAGCUUGAAAAAGAGGACUGUUCGGAAGAACGAAAGAACAGGCAACUUCAGUCACUUGGACGUAAGGAAUCGAAUUUUUUAAGGCUUAAAAGAACAAGGCUGGGGUUAGAAGAUUUUGAUACAGUCAAAGUGAUCGGUAAAGGCGCGUUUGGUGAGGUUAGACUCGUUCAAAAAACUGAUACUGGGAAAAUAUAUGCUAUGAAGACGUUAAGAAAAGCAGAUAUGUUUAAGAAAGAUCAGUUGGCCCAUGUUAGAGCUGAACGUGAUGUUCUUGCUGAAUCGGAUUCUCCAUGGGUGGUUCAAUUAUAUUAUUCUUUUCAAGAUGCAUCAUAUCUUUAUCUCAUUAUGGAAUUCUUACCUGGGGGUGAUUUGAUGACCAUGUUAAUUAAAUACGACACGUUUUCGGAGGAUGUAACAAGAUUUUAUAUUGCUGAAUGUGUCCUGGCCAUUGAAGCAAUCCAUAAAUUAAAUUUCAUUCAUCGAGAUAUUAAGCCUGAUAAUAUUUUGAUUGAUAAAGAUGGUCAUAUUAAAUUGUCUGAUUUCGGUCUUUCCACGGGCUUUCACCGAACACAUGACUCUCAAUACUAUCAACGACUUUUGGAUGGAAAUCUCAAUAGUGCUGGUCAUAGACAAUUAGGCAGUGAAGCUAAUAUUAACUUAACAUUGUCAAGUAAAGACAGAAUCGCUACAUGGAAAAAAAAUCGAAGAGCUUUGGCUUAUUCUACUGUAGGUACUCCUGACUAUAUUGCUCCAGAAAUUUUCCUACAGCAGGGCUAUGGCCAAGAAUGUGAUUGGUGGUCACUCGGUGCUAUUAUGUUUGAAUGCCUGGUUGGUUAUCCUCCAUUCUGUAGUGAAAGCGCCCAUGAAACUUACCGAAAAAUUAUUAACUGGCGGGAUCAAUUGUACUUUCCUGAUGAUGUUCAUUUGAGCCCUGAGGCAGAGGAUUUAAUUCGGCGUCUUAUCUGUGCGCCUGAACACCGUCUAGGUCAACGUGGUGCCGAUGAAAUUAGAUCACAUCCAUUCUUUGCUGGAGUAGAUUGGGAGACUAUUCGUAAUAUUGAGGCACCAUUCGUUCCUAAUCUGAGAUCAAUUACCGAUACUAGUUACUUCCCUACAGAAGAUCUGGAAAAGAUUCCUGAUACUCCCCAGACAACUGAACGCACCUCAAGUGCUACUGGUGAAUUUAAUCAAAAGGAUUUAGCUUUCGUCGCCACUACUAGAUUACCUAAAACAAUGACUACUAG